CAAGUUUCAAUCGGAGGUUUCAACUUUUUAAAAAUAUUGACAAGAUUAUUGAUAAAGAUAAAUAUUAUUUUUGUCAUUUUAUUAGUAUAGCUUUUAAAGUAUACUAAUUUUAUAUAUAACAUGUCGUCGAAGCAGAAAUGAGUACUUGUUUAAUUAGAUCCAGGGUAAGCUCAGAGCAACUGGACUUAUUGUUGACUUUUAUGGAAGAGCACCCUGAUUUUGCAGCGGGCAAACAGGCAAUUUAUUCACGCUAUAGUUCGAGUAAGCUUUGGAGGUUGCUGGCGGAGCGACUAAAUGCUGCUGCCGCUGAUACUGGAGGCGCAAGAAAGUCGCCUGAUAAGUGGUCUCGCUACUGGGUUGAUAUAAAAUACAAGGCACGAAGAAAAUCAGCUGCAGGUGGUGCCCUCGGUGAUCUUUCCUCUGCCGAAGAGCGUCUCCAAAAUAUCUUCAACAAUAGCAAUUGUGUGUCACACACACCAAGAGGGGGAAGCCACUCUGAUGAAGAUCGUAAACUGACUCCACUAGACGACGACAUGCGUUCUGAUACUUCAGUUCCGUCAACUUCUGAUGCUCCUCGACCAAGCACUGAGGAGUUACUUGCUGAAGCUGCAAUGCGUAGUGCCUUAGCUGCUGAGAAACAGGCAGAAUCUGUUGCCCAAGCUGUCGAUCUUCUUAGAGAUAUAGUGACAUUGUUACGAGAGAGAAACCAUCAACAAUCUCAACCACCUCCUCAGACACAUCAGGAACCAACAGUGCAAGUGUACCAGCAUCACCACAGAUUGUGAUUCAUCAAGGAAUUUCAACUAUAAAUGACUUCAUCUGCACGCUGGCGAGCCCGGACGGCGCCGUGCUGCAACACAGCUUGCAGGAAGGCUGGCUGGGCUUGCAAACUGACUGCCCGUUCCCGUACAGGCCGCAGGGCUUCACAG